AUGUUCUCUUCUCAUACACACGUACACGCCUAUAUCAAGGAGAGAGGUGAUCCUUGCAUAUUAUUAUCUCGGAUUCCAAUGAUUCUACAGCUAUAUAGGACCGAGUGUUAUCGCUAUUGAACUUGUCGACAAUGUUCUGACUUUAUUGAUUACGGUCAUAUGAAUUACAUCUGAAGUUCUUCACAACUCUGAUAUUCAUGGUUUGUCUCAACUACAAUUACAAAGAGGGAGAGCUUCUUAAAAAUAGACUCGUUAAUUGAAAUGGCCAAGGACAACGUACGUAAGCAUGAUAAUUAUAAAGUACAUGGAAAUUGGAGUAGAGACAAAAGAAGAUCGCUUCAUUUGAAAUGAUGACCGCACUUCAGCUGUAGGUAAAUCGUCAAGAGGAUCAUGUAGAGGCUUAGCAUCUGCAGCACCAGGCGCGGAAUUAGAGGUGGGCGAAAAUAUGUUUUGAACUGGUCUUGAUGGGCAUUGGUUGACAAUCAUGGCAGACCUUGAGAAACAAUACAAGGAAAAACUAGAAGAAUUCAAAAGUCUUCGAAAAGAUCUUGACGAACUGAGAAAGAAGGGCAAACAACGUACUGAUGAAUCAAUGAACAAUAAACUGGAACAGUUGAGACAGUUGAUGACAGUUGCAGAAGAACAAGUAAUUGCAAAGUAUGACGAUGAAAGCCUUGAUCGUAUGAUUAGCAAGUUAAACUCUGAACUACAGUGUCUUGACAAGUUACUCGAAGGCAGACCAGUAAAUACCGCAACAGAAAUUCUGGAAAAUGCUUCAGGAGGGCUAGCAUUGAGAGGUAUUUCAGUAGGUGAAGCCUUCAGUGAUAAUUGCGUAAAACGCAUCGUGCUGAGCGCACCAACUGAUGUUAAACUGAUGAAUCCUUUAAUGACGCAAGUUGACAAGGUUGAGAAUUUCUCAUCUAAAUCGCAGUCUGACCAUUUUCAUCGUUCUCUUGAUACAAUGGGGUACAGUGCUGCUGUUACUAUAAAAGGUGGGCGUUUUGGGUUUAAUGCUGAGGCUGAUUUUUCACAGAAUUACGAGGAGGAACAUGAAUUAGAAUCAACAUGUCACAGAAAGGUCCAUUUUGAAUCAAGGGUAGUGUACUCGGUUGUUCCAACUGCUGCAUGUGAGCUGAAUAAAUUCAGCUUGAAACUCUCCCAACAAGCUCUGCAGGAACUCAAGUCCAUUGACACACUUUUGGGGGGAAGCGAAAACUUAAAACUUGUGAACAAAAAAUGUGAGGACUUUCUUGCAGCAUAUGGGUCACAUAUCAAUGUUGGGGUUCUUCAUUUUGGCGGGGUUAACAAAUUUGUAGCAACAUACACUAGCGAAACCGAAUCUAAAUCUGAUCAAAUUAAAUAUAUGGUUCGGGAUGCACUCAGUGCUUAUGUUUCAGCCAGCUAUUCUGGCCUUGGAUUCAGUGUGGGUGGCUCAGUGAGUGCCGAUCAAAUAAACACGCAUGCCAGCUUCACAAAUGAAUAUGAAAAAUCAGAGCAGGCUAAAACUUUCUUGCACACUACCAGGAAUGGUGGGCCACAGGAGGUAAAUGCCUUGCAACUUUGGAAGAUAGGGCUAGUGACAUGCAAUAGCACCUGGGCUCUCAUAGAUAGAGGAAGGUCAUUGUUCACAGAUUUUGUUGGGAUCUGGAAGCUGAUUUCUAACCACAAAGAUGAGUUCGAGGAACCAUAUCAACUUGAAACGUUCUUGAUGACAGCCUGGGAAAGGAUAAGUGGCUACCUUGGAUCCAAUGACCAAGAACGAACUUUCAUGAAAGGACGUGAAGAAAUUGACCUGUUAAUUGAGAAGAUUGCCAAGUGGAAUUCUUGUCCAAUACUACCAGAAAAGUGUAUUGAAUAUCUCCAAGAGAUGCUGAAAACGGUCAGAGAGGUGGAGGCACAUACAAGCACAAACAAGUACUGGGCGAACAAGUUAUGCACAGAAGUGAACAUAAGUAGCCUUUUGGCAAAGGUCGUGGAACUGAGAGAUAAGCUUGACCCCAAGAAUGUAUCCAUGAUAAGGUUUUUGAUAAGGAAACUGGUCAAUCCUGUUGGAUUUAGAGAGUUUCCAGCCAAACAGACGAUCAUGAAAUGGGCUGUGAUCACAAAAACCGAGGACAUCACGUCUUUACUAGCUGAAGUUCGUGUUAAGAACAUACCUGAUCUGAUGAGGAAUCUGAAGGAAAAAUUCAUACCAGCGUUGCAAAUAGAACACGCUAAUAAUACAGAGAAAAGUGUGGAGGUAAUAGAUGGUAUCAAUGCAGGAGCAACAGUUGAUAUGGCACUUUGUGUUGGUCAGCUUCUAAAGGACUUACAGUCAUCUGGGGAAGAACAUGAAAUGGUAUUUUUGAAAGUUGCCCUGUUUCCUCUUUGCUACCAUUGGCCUUCAAGGAAGUUUGAGACGCUUCUUACGAUGGAGAAGCUACAGGAUUUCGUCCAAUCAAUUGAAGUGUCUUGGAAUGAGUUUCAAGUCCAUAAAGGGAAAGGGAUAAUCCAGUUAGAGGCAUUUCUUAUCCAUAACUCACUGUCCUCUGGCCACUUUGACGAAGGAAGAGAAUCAUCAGAGAAUGAAUUUUCCGAGACAAUAAAAGAACUUAGGCAAGUUGUAUCACCUCAAUUAAACGAGGUCUUGAACAGGUAUGCCACCCGUUCACCCUUUAAUUGGGUUAACAUGGCCAAUGUCACUGGUGAACUAGCAAGCGGCAAUAUGUCCGCUUCCGUAGAAAAAGAAGUGAAUAUCGUUGAUAUUGAAAACAUGGCUAGCUCCAAAGAAAGAAAUGAACAAGAACAACGACCAGUUAUAACGACCAAUGCUGGUAUGACAGCACAAUGUGCAUUUUCAGAUACCGUGAAGGCCCUAGGUUUAGACCAGUACUUUCCAUCUCUGAUUUCUCGUUUAGAUGCCAUGGUAAUUAAAAGGACCACUGGGCCAAUCAAGCUGGUAGAUAUUCCCUGGACGAUUAUACACAAACUUCUUAUGAUUGAUUUUCAUGCAAGAGACCAUCAUCUCUCAGUGGUAAAUAAAUCAUUAAGAGAAGAGAGGUCUGAUGACGGAGGUAACUUUGACUUUGAGGCUCUUCUUGAAAUGCAUAAUGAUAGUGACAAUGAAGACAAGCCAGCAAAAAUCAACACACUAGAUGCCAUGGUGGCCAUAUUUACAUGUUGCGAUAACUUUCUGAAACAGACACUAGCUCAGAAGCUUUUUGUUUGCAAACUCGCUAUUCCAUUUCUGUACCCCAUAGGAUCCGAAGACAACGUUGGUAUGUCACUAUGGGCACUCAGAACGAUUAAUGUUCAGUGGCAUAGCAAUCUGAAUGAAGCUUCAGAGACGCCAGUGACAGAUAGGCCUUUCCCGUUGGUUUCGUUUAUCAGAUUGGGCAGGCCACCGCUAUCUAAGUCCAAGCUGAUUAACGAUAUUCUUCGGGACGAAAGUCACGACACCUUCUUCCACCAUGAUUGCAACAAUGGUGUUGUAGAAAGAAGGAUUGCAGAUGGACUUGUGGAAUGUUCAUGGUUCAUAACAGGAGGCAGAGAAAAUGAUCACCUCCCAUGCACAACAAUGCUUCUAAAUCUUAGAGGCGAUGCAUCAUUAUUGAACAAACAGAUGAAGAUUUUGCAGGAAAUAUCGUCUGUUUUGUUCGUUAUAGUCACUGCUCAAGACUUGGCAAGAGCCCCUAACACCAAGACUUGCCAACAAAUUUUGCAAACUGCUAGAAAAACCAUCCUUUUUGUGGUCAGAGGAGAUGGCCAACAGAGCGCACGGGACCUACGAGCAUUUUAUGAAGCAGUUGGCAAGAAUAUUCUGAAAGGGGUUCCUAUCAUAUCAUCUAAAACGAAGGAAGGUGUUCAGAAAAAUGCGAGUGAGCUCAAGACUGAAGCUAGAACAAAGCUGUCAGAGGUUCUUGCUGGGUGUUCUGGUACAUUGAUAGAAGACUGUGCUGAACGUACGAGGGAUAUGGGGAUUAUCAUCGAUGAGUAUGAUGAUAAAGCCUGCCAAGAAGGAAAGGUCUCUGCUGAAAAAGUUGUCAGAUACAUGGAUGACAAACAAAUCGUCGAUUGUAAAGCGCUCCUCCUUCCGAUGCAAGGUAUUGAAUGGAUUGAAUACUGCAAGCUGCUAAAGAAGCAACACAGAGCAGAUGGGAAGGGCUCACAUUUAACAACAUAUGAAGCAAAUAUAGUGAAACAGAAAAUGAACCGGCUUCGUGAUAAACAGGUGGAGAUAUGCAACAGACUUACUCCUUUCAUCAAAGACUUUAUGUCAGCUCUGCAGAACAACCGAGAUGUUGUCAUGUAUUUCUUGAAGUGGAUGAACCUCUUACUCGAUGCAAACUCGAGAGCUACCUUGCCAGGUCUGCGCAAACAGUAUCACAUGGUCUGGACUGAGUUUCAAGAGACCAAGAAGAAACAUGACAAGGGAAAAUUGCAUCACGUGAAACUAUUGGUUGAUGAGAAAGAAAAUCAGUUAUCCGAUGCAUCACUUGGACUUGAGAAUCUGUUCAGAGAACUGGGGCAAAUUUAUGAGGCUGUGAAAGAGAGCGGCGAAACAGGAAAAGCCACUAGGGCGGCUGUGGAAUACCUGCCAGAAAGAGCUGCUGAACUGCUUUUGAAUGGCAUCCCCUUGGAGUUAGUAGAUGGAGACGCAUCAAGUGUACCUAUUGGAUGGGUGAGUGCCGUGCUAAGUAAACUUGGGAACAUUAUUGGUAAAAAGAAGCUCUUUGUUCUCUCCGUCCUGGGCAUCCAGAGUUCUGGGAAAUCUACACUUCUCAACACUAUGUUUGGGUUGCAGUUUGCUGUUAGUGCAGGCAGAUGCACUAGGGGAGCAUAUAUGCAACUCAUCCCAGUCGAUGGAGACACUAAUCUGCCAUUUGAUUAUGUUGCUGUUGUAGAUACGGAGGGACUUCGGGCACCAGAACUAGGACAACUUAAGUACGAGCAUGACAAUGAACUUGCCACCCUCGUUAUUGGUCUGGGAGACGUGACUAUGAUUAACAUCAAGGGAGAAAACACAGCCGAAAUGAAAGACAUUCUGCAAAUCGCAGUGCACGCCUUCUUGAGGAUGAAUCUUGUCAGGAAAAACAUCCGAGAUAAUAGAACAUGCAUAUUUGUUCAUCAGAAUGUCCCAGCAGCUAAUGCAGAAGAACUGAUGAUGCAUGGAUGCCAGAAGCUACAGGAGAGCUUGGAUCAUAUGGCAAAGGAAGCCGCCCUAAGUGAGAGCAUAGCGGAUAUCCACAGUUUUUCCCAGAUUAUAAACUUUGAUGUGCAAAAACACGUCUGGUAUUUUUCUGAUCUGUGGCAUGGCAAUCCACCCAUGGCUCCUGCAAAUCCUGGCUACAGUGAAAAAGUGAGGUCAGUCAGAUUGCAACUGUUAGAAAAAAUCACGCUGGAGCAGAAAACAUUUCUGACAGCCUCUGAUCUGUCCAUUCGUCUUUCCGAUCUAUGGAAUGGAAUCCUCGCGGAUGAUUUUGUGUUUAGCUUUCGCAAUAGCCUUGAAGUAAAAGCCUACAACGGCUUGCAAUCAAAAUACUAUGCAUUGGAAUGGGAGUUACAAGACAAAAUGAAAACCUGGCUACACACCGCAGAGAUCGAAUUGAAGAGGUGUGAAACUCCCGAUGACUUAGAAAAAUCGUAUCAGUCCCUCAUCGGUAAACUUUCGAAAGUUUUGACAGAAAAGGCUGAGGGAAUCAAAACUUGCCUAAUGGAAUAUUUCGAGAACAGCGAACAACAGGAAAUAGUCAUCCAGUGGCAGGGGACCAAGUUGAACCAAUUGAACUUUGCUGUUGAACAACAACAAUACGAGGGCCGGACAGAUCUGCUUUCAAUCAAAGAAGCACGCCGAGUAGAAAUCUUGCAGGCUAAAAAGUGGUCGAACCACGAGAAAUACAUAAUGGACAAAGCAGUAGAACUGGCACACGAACUAAAAGGCAAAGAAGCGAGUGAUUCUGAACUGGAACGGAAGUUUGAAUUUAUGUGGACGCGAAUGGUUAACGAACUUGCAACAAAGACUGCAGACAAAGAUAUGAGAAUGGAUGAAGUGAUGGAUGAGAUUCUUCAUCAAAGAUUUCAUGCCCAUGGAAGCCUUCUUAGAAAGGAGCUGGAGAAAAAUCCUUUGAAGUUUGCAAUUCAGCACACAUCCUUAGAAAGCAGUAUCACAGUAGAUUUUGUGAAAAAUAAACACAUUAGUGUUAAAAGAAGCUUCCUUGAAAAUGUUGCAAAAACCCUCAAGAGCGUGGUUCGUGCCGAUAUAGGUGAACUGGAGGCCAGAAAUAAGACAGCGGUACUGACAAAAACCAUCUUGAAAGAAAUAAGCACUGAUCUAAAGGGCUUAUCUAAACACGACGUGAAAUUCAGUAAGUCCUAUGCCACAGAGGUCAUUCAAAAAGUAGUGGCGAAAAUUGACGUUCACAACCAGAAUGCACAUUCAUCUGCAGACUGUAAUUUCACGAUUCUUCCUCAGUAUGCUGUAAAACUAGCAGUUCAUGUAAGCCGACAUUGUGUCCAUGUGUUUACCGAGAUGCAAUCAGAGUAUCACAAAAAGCAUGGCGUGAAGGCCAAGCUACAAAACUACAGGAACGCCGCCUGGAGCCUUUUCAAGAACAAGGUGAAACAGAGUACAGAAGAAGUAUUUGCUGGUGACCUCCUAACUACACAUUUGAAGACAAUCGUUCAGGAUACAGUAACAAAGGCGAUUCCUAGAAAAUGCACGGAAGAAGUUCUCAGAGACUUCCAGAUGACGAAGUACUACCUAAUGGUCAAAAUGAUGGAUGAUAUGGCCGUGAAAGCAAACUUCAAGAACUACAAAUCGUACAUUAAGAAUGCCAGAGGGUUUGCUUUACAGUGGAUUACCCAAUACACAGAUGAUAAGAUGUUUUCGAGAAAAGAGUCAAGUAGCAUGUCUAGGUAUGCAGAAAUAAGCAAGUGCCAUAUUGCAAAGAUCAUGCUGUGUAUUGCCAGAAGUGUUAAUCAUGCAACCAAUGAGGUCGAUGGGCAUAGAGGCAUGAGGAUGACACUGUGGAUUGAACAGUUCUGUGACAGAGUCUCGGAGAAAAUAGCGGUACCAGUCAGUUCCCUUACGUUUGUGAAAGAUCGAUCAGUGAUUGAUUUCAGCAAUCUGCAAAGGAUCAUUCUGGACCAGCUUGAUGAAGUUCAGAAAAAUUUGGAAGAGUUCUUUGCCCUAAAAACAGCACACUCUGUUGAAUGGGAUGGGCCCCACCCAUCAGAGCAAAUCAUAGACAAGAUAUGGGGCUGUCCUGAGCAGUGCCCAUUCUGUAAGGAGCCCUGUGCAGACACCACACCUGACCAUUAUGAUUUGUCUGGGAGAAGUCACAUGUGUGUGCAGCACAGACCACAGGGAAUUGGAGGAAUACGAUGGAAGGAGGACGGUAAUAUCGAUGGAGUGAAUUUCUGUAAAGGGCAGCUGUUUACUGAAACGUGCAACUACGACAUACAGCGGAACGUAUCGUUCAAUUGCAGUACCGUUAACUUCAAAUGCAGAGAUUCUGGAAACUGUUCAACUACUGGCGACCAACAUGGAGAUGCUGGUGGUGAUGACGAUGUCAAUAGAGGUGAUAAUGAUCGUGAUGAUUAUGGUGGUGAUUGUGAUGAUGAUGAUGAUGAAGAUGAUAAUGAUGUUAAAGAUGGAGAUGCUGGUGGUGAUGACGAUGUUAAUGGAGGUGAUAAUGAUCCUGAUGAUGAUGACGGUGGUGAUUGUGAUGAUAAUGAUGAAGAUGAUAAUGAUGAUGAUAUUGAUGUUGAUGAUGGAGAUGCUGGUGGUGGUGAUGUUAAUGGAGGUGAUAAUGGUCGUGGUGAUGAUAAUGAUGAUGAUAAUGAUGUUGAAGAUGGAGAUGCUGGUGGUGAAGAUGAUGUUAAUGGAGGUGAUAAUGAUCGUGAUGAGGAUGGUGGGAUUGCGAUGAUAAUGUCGAAGAUUGAGAUGACAAGGGCGUGGGCUUGGUGCAUGUGCAUCCUCCCGCAUGAGCAGAGGAGAUCCAACACUAGUAGAACGAAAAUUUUCCCCUUCUUCUGA